AUGGCCCCUCACUCUACCGACGAAUCGCCUCGCGAAGCAAACACGAACACGCCGGCGCCGCCCAAUGGUCAAGAGAGAGAUGUCAUAAAUUUGGCCUAUUGGGAAUCCAUUCCCGGAAUGGCUGAAUUUCAAGGAGGGACUGUACUCCGUGUGAUGAGAGAAAUGGCAAGUCAACGAGUUCGUUUCCGUAUACGAGCUCAGGCGCUGGGAAUCAUGGAGCAAAAUCAUCAUGAGCCCGAUGCCGUGGAAGCGGCUGGCCCAUCUCCGGUAGAGCAACCCUCUGCGCGCAGAUCCCCUCAGCUAAAUCAACAUUCGGGACAGAACCUUGUAAAUGGCGUAAACGGGCAUUCCGACGAGGGUCACGAAGCUGGUCAGGAUGAGCAUUUGGACGAGGAGGAUAGAGAUGCGUCGGACCAACCCUUGGAGCAACUGAACAUAAAUGGCGUACAUGAGGAACUCGACGAGAACGACGGCCACGAGCAACCCGAUACGGAAGAGGUUGAUCAUCAUAGAGCAUAA